GUCGCAAUCACGUAUGCAUGUUUAUAUUAGACAUGCAAUGAUUGUAAAAACUAUGAGUUGACGAAAACACUGAUUUUACAGUAACUCUUUCCCCUUUAUAGGAUUUUUUUUUUUUUUUUCAUUUAAGCACCUACUGGUGUAUGUCUUUUAUCUUGGCUUGUCUUCUCUUUGUUUUCUUCAGAGCAUUGAGCUUUGGAGAUCAAACUUUUACAAGUUAUUUCAAUGACAAAAAAAAAGUCGCAAUCACGUAUGCAUGUGUAUAUUAGACGUGCAAUGGUGGCAGUGGCGUCACCACCAACCUAAACUAGUAGAUCAUCCAUUAUGUUUCCACAUAGGUUUUGUGCUUAGUUUUUACUUCCAUGUGGGUAGCAUUAAGCUAUAUGAACAUCCUUAUAUUAAUCCUAUGAAAGCACCAUCAUUAAGAAAGUAUCUAAACACGAGUUUCUUGCAUUAUAAAAAUACUAUUUAAUUAAAUUUUAAAUACAAAAAUAUUAAGCAAUAAUCAGAUGACAAUUGUAGAAACAGUUUCUUAAGCAAGGUUCAUAAUUUCUUGGAGAGGAGAUGUCUCUCACCUUUUGUAUACUUCUCUCUUUCUUUUCCUAUUUAAUUGCUUAUUAAAUUAGAAAGAAACCCACUUAGUUACUACCACCAAUGGUGGCCCGAGUUUUUACAAGCCUGUUAAAACUGUUGGGGGUUUGUACAAGCAUUUUGCUUUAUCAAGCAAUCUUGGUCUCAAGUUGCAUUAUGUAGUGUUAUUUGUACCUGUGCUCAUUAUAUGCUAAUGAUAUUUACAAUUUAUAAAAAGAAAACUAGUGGAUCAUUCUGUGUAGGCUUUUCCAGGUACGUCAUUGUUAAAUACAUUUUUUUUUGAAUGAAUGUUAACUUUAUUCAAGCAAUUUUUUUUGUACCUGUGCUCAUUAUAUGCUAAUGAUAUUUACAAUUUAUAAAAAGAAAACUAGUGGAUCAUUCUGUGUAAGCCUUUCUAGGUACAUCAUUGUUAAUUUUUUUUUUUUGUGACGAAAAAAGUAAGUCAACUUUGGUGACAUAGAUAGUCAAAUCAAUUCUUUUAAGCUUUUCCAUAUAUCACAAUUCGAGAUGUUAGAGUUUGAAAUUUUAAAAACUUCAAAAGCUUCCAAUCUACAAUCAUCUUGUGGAGAGCCAAAUACCCAUAGCUCCAUCAUAUCGUCCAUUACUGCAGCCUCUCAGGGAAUCAAUUCAGAUUAACUGUCUAAUCUUAAAGUGUUCAAUUAUCAAUUCAUUGAUAUAUAAAUUAGACCCCACUAAUGUGUUUGGCUGAUCAUAAUAACAUUUUCACUGGGUGAGAUAUUAACUCAAUAUCUCAUUUGUAUGAUAAGCGAUACAUUAAUCCUGUUUAUUCGGAUCCUAAAGCAUUUUGAUUCUUCAGUAGCCCACACCCAAGCUUUUGCUGGCCUACUUACUGGUAUAGAGAACAAUGCAUGGCCCAUUAAUGAUCCAUCUAAUUACUGGAGAAGUCUCUACUCUCUCUUUCACGCCGGUGAUCUUCCACUCUCAUUCUUCGUCCUCACCCGACCAGUCUGUUUAGUACGAUUUUAGUUUCUGUUUUUUUUUUUGUCCAAGGAACUAAAUUAUCUAGAACCAACCGAGAUCAGGCUCUGAGAGAUUUCGUCGCUAACGAACCUUAUGGAGUGAUUCGAAACGUCACGAACGUUAGCUGGACUUUCCGACCGCAAAGCUUUUUCCUUCUCAAAGAUGGCGUUUUUUGUGCUCUCCCGUGUUUCAAGACGGUUGUUGAAACCAUCCUUCUCGGCAACUCCAUCUCAACAACAUAUAUACUUGUCCAAACGUGUUACUACUACACAUUACAUCAACCCUUUGCCUACGUUGGAUCAUAACCACCACCAAGUACGGAGUAAAGGGAAGGAGAGCUUUCUUGGUACUGGCAGGAGUAAUAGAUCAGUUGGUGGAAUGUGGUCGUCGUCUUUGGUUUUGGAGAGGGGUCGUAAGGAGAUGAGUGGUUCUGUUGGUGUUAAGAUAGAUUCUUCUUGGAUAGAUUUCUAUUUACCAGAAAGAGCUAGAGGUUACGCUAAGCUUGCUCGUUUUGAUAAACCUAUUGGCACUUGGUUGCUUGCUUGGCCUUGUAUGUGGUCAAUUGCGUUGGCUGCUGAUCCUGGGAGCCUUCCAAGUUUUAAAAUGAUGUGUUUGUUUGGUUGCGGAGCAGUUCUUCUUAGAGGUGCUGGAUGUACUAUAAAUGAUCUGCUUGAUCAGGACAUUGAUACAAAGGUUGAUCGUACAAGAUUAAGACCUAUUGCCAGUGGUCUUUUGACACCAUUCGAAGGGCUUCAAUUUCUUGUGCUACAAUUGCUUCUAGGCUUAGGGAUUCUUCUCCAACUCAACAAUUACAGCCGUGUGUUAGGGGCUUCAUCUUUGUUCCUUGUCUUCUCCUACCCACUUAUGAAGAGGUUUACAUUUUGGCCUCAAGCAUUUUUAGGUUUAACAAUAAACUGGGGAGCAUUGUUAGGAUGGGCUGCAGUUAAAGGAAGCGUAGAGCCAGCUGUUGUACUCCCUCUUUAUCUCUCUGGAAUCUGUUGGACCCUUGUUUAUGAUACUAUUUAUGCACAUCAGGACAAAGAUGAUGAUGUCAAGGUUGGUGUGAAGUCGACGGCGCUUAGGUUCGGUGAGAAUACAAAGCUUUGGCUAACUGGAUUUGGCACAGCAUCCAUGGGGUUGCUUGCACUUUCUGGACUGAGUGCUGAUCUUGGGUGGCAAUAUUACGCAUCACUAGUGGCUGCAUCAGGACAGUUAGGAUGGCAAAUAGGGACAGCUGACUUAUCAUCUCGCCCUGACUGCAGUAGAAAAUUUGUGUCAAACAAGUGGUUUGGUGCUAUUGUAUUUAGCGGAGUUGUACUUGGAAGAUCUUUUCAGUAGAGAUCUAUCUCUCUCUGUUGAUGAAUGCUCCAUGAAGCUCUUCUGAGAGUACAGAGUAAAUCUAUUCCUUCAGGAUCCGAAAACUCAAAGAAGCUAUUGUCAGAUAAGCUGAAACUUUAGACUCUUCUCUCUGUUAAUAAGAACUGUUGUUUUGGGAUUCAUGUCUUUGUCCAAAUUGUUGGCUGAGUAAACCUCCUAGUCAGGCUAGAGGCUUUUAUAAAUAGUUAUCAUACGGUUAUUUGUAAUUAGAGGAUUAAAUCCUAGUAAUUUUAUUUUAUUUUCAAUCUCAAAUCCUAGUAAUAAUCUUCUAUCUUUACAAUAA